AGCAGGUCCGUUGAUCGCAGUAGCACCAACAGCAGCAACAACAGCACCGGAAGCGGUCAAGGAGGGAGCAAAAGGAGCAAGUGGAACAAAGGAGAGGCAGCAGACAGAGACAGAGAUGGCUGUGGUGCGCAAGAAGCAGGACGACAAGUACCUGCUGGCCCUGCGGGAACUGGUGGCCAGCGGUACGGGCGGCAAUCGUCAGUGCUUCGACUGCGGCCAAAAGGGACCGACUUACGUGAACAUGACCAUCGGCUCCUUUGUCUGCACCCGCUGUUCGGGCGUUCUACGCGGCCUGACGCCACCACAUCGAGUGAAAUCCAUAUCGAUGGCCACAUUCACACAGGACGAGAUCGACUUCCUGCGCACGCACGGCAACGAGCUGUGCGCCAAGACCUGGCUGGGCCUGUGGGAUCCCAAGAGAGCUGCCCACCAGCAGGAGCAGCGCGAGCUGAUGGUCGAUAAGUAUGAGAGGAAGCGCUACUAUCUGGAGCCGGCCAGUCCGCUCAAGUCGCUGGCCAAUGCCGUCAACCUGAAGUCAACACAGAAUGGUCACCAUAACCAGCAGCACAAUGGCUAUGCCAGCAUCCAUUUGACACCGCCGGCCGCCCAGCGCACAGCAGCCAAUGGCCUCCAGAAGGCCAACUCCAUCUCGUCGAGCUCCUCCUCCUCGAUCAGCAGGCCGCAGCAUCAUCACAAUCACAGCAGCAGCAACAACAAUCACGAUGCCUUUGGCCUCAAUGGAAGCGGUGGCGGAGGACUGAGCAGCCUGAACAGCGCUGGAUCCACAUCCACGGGCGCCCUGUCCGACACCAGCAGCUGUGCCAGCAAUGGCUUUGGCGCCGACUCGGACUUUGUGGCGGACUUUGGCUCGGCCACCAUAUUUGAUGCCACAUCGGCACGCUCGGCGGGAUCGCCGGCCGUGUCCUCGGUGUCCUCGGUGGGCUCUAGCAAUGGCUAUGCCAAGGUGCAGCCCCUCCGAGCAGCUCACCUCCAGCAGCAGCAGCAGUUGCAGCAGCAACAACAGCUCCUCCUCAAUGGCAAUGGACAUCAGGGCACGGAGAACUUUGCGGACUUUGAUCAUGCGCCCAUCUUCAAUGCAGUGGCGGCAACAACCUUCCACGAUUGGGUCAGCGACUGGAGCAGGCGCGGCUUCCACGAUCCCUUUGACGAUUGCGAUGAGCCGUCGCCGCCAGCACCUCCUCCACCUGUAGUUCCAGUUCCCCUGCCAACCGUCCGUGAAGAACCAGAGCUGGCCUGGAAUUUUUGGCAAGAGGAAAUGCGGAUAGAGGAAGAGCGAGCACGAGAGCGAGAGCGAGAGGGAGAGCAGGAGCAAGAGUCGCAGCGGGCAAUGAGUUACUCCACCUUUAGUAGCCCACGCUCCUGCUCCUCCAGCAUAGCAGAAGCGCCGCCUCCGCCAAUGCCUUAUUCGCCCUCGAAUCCCUUCCUGCCAUACUUGGUGAACCAGCAGCAGCAGCAUCAGAAUCCUCCAGAGGAGCCACCUGCCUCCUUCUCGUACCUGUUGUUCAGCUCCAUUUCGAGCAGCUCCCACGAAGAUCAAUAUCAAGCGGCGGCGGAUGAUGAUCAAGAAUCGAAUAUUUUAAAUGCCAAUUUCCAUGAUUUCUUUACGUGGAGUGCUCCCUUGCAGAAUGGUGGCAGCCAUGCGACGACAAGUCCUCCAAAGAGCACAGCUGCCAUGGCACCCAGCGAGGAUCGUUAUGCUGCUCUCAAGGAUCUCGACGAGCAGCUGCGUGAACUGAAGGCCAGCGAGGCCAGUGCCUCGGAGGUGCCCACGCCCACCAAUGGCCAUGCGGAUGCUUUUGGUAGUGCCCUGAACAACAAUCCAAAUCCCUUCAAGAGCCAGCAACAGCAGCAGCAGCAGCUUAGCAGCCAUGUGGUGAAUCCAUUCCAGCACCAACAGCAGCAGCAGCAGAAUCUCUAUGGCCAGUUGACGCUCAUACCAAAUGCCUACGGCAGCAGUCCCCAGCAGCAAAUGGGGCAUCUCCUUCAGCAGCAGCAGCAGCUCCAUCAGCAUCAGGCCAACUUCUUCAACUUCAACAACAACAAUGGCUUUGCCCUCUCCCAGGGCCUGCCCAAUGGCUGUGGCUUUGGCAGCAUGCAGCCCGCUCCGGUGAUGGUCAACAAUCCCUUUGCAGCCAGCAGCGGCGCCAUGAACACCAACAAUCCAUUCUUAUGAGACUCAACAGGCCGGGAGAAUCCGCCACCGCCAAUGAGCCGGCACAGGCACUGAGCCAGCGAACAAAGGGAAUGGGCAGAGGACGGAGCCGAACCGAAAUUAGUCCAUUUUACGAACAAUAGCGUUAAUAUAUAUAUAUUAUACAUAAAACACGACGCCGGAGAGGAGCAGCACUCUCUCUCCGUGUACAUAGCUCAAAUAUGUACACGCCGAAGGCUCCGCGCGGGCGUUGAUAUAUUCUUUUACAUGGUAACUCUACUCUAACGUUUACGGAUACGGAUACGGAUGUGGAUAUUUGUAUUUACAACCGUUGCCCCCAUAGAACUAUCUCUCUUUUUACUUGUACUAAGCGACCACACACUACACACGCUCUACCAUCUAACUAACUAAAUCAAAGGGGCUGCUGAUGCAGUUCUCUCAAUCCCCUAUGUUCCAUGUUAUUUGUUUUAUGUGCUUGUCCUCCUCCUCUUCUCGUCCCUGUACCCGUCUGUCCCUGUCCCGUUUUUGUCACUUUGUGUUGCGAUUAAGACUUUUGUCAGUUAUUAAUUGUGUGGCCUUAAUAAGAUUAUAAAACUAUAUAUUAUGAAACUAUAAUAAACACGUACUAAACUAAACAUAAUACAGAUACGGAUACAGAUACAGUUACGGAUAUAUAUAUAUAUAUGUAUGCUUUUGUACCUAAUGAAUUUGCUUCUUGUUUUCAUUUGCUAAAAUCGCUGGCAGUUCGUGUGCUAAGAUAUAUACAUAAACAUACUUGUACGUGCGAUAUCGGGCAUUGCAGCGAUAGCUCGAGACACACCAUAGACAACACUGUACAGAUAGUGUCUUGGCUGUAAGCCCCGUGUAAAGCCCAUCAUUAAGCCCAGUCCCCCUACCCAUAUCCAUCGAACCGAAUCGAAUCCAUGACUCGCCACAUGUCUACAUUGAUAAGAAGCAAGAAUUUUUCCAUUUUUAGCCUUAACGUGUCAAACAUUAUCGAAGCCUUAAAGUUAUAUUUAAACUACGAACUUUCAAUAAAAACAAAUAAGAACGCUAA